AUGACUCGGAGAUCCUGUGCCAUUUACGCCACCGGUAUCGUGUGCGCUCACCUCCUGAUAGUGGGAAUCGCCCUGGUCGUGGCUCAAGUCUUCCAAACAAUGAUACACAGCCGUUUAAAAAAGGAAAUAACUUUGACAGAGAAGAGUCAAAUGUUUGAGUCAUGGAAGAAUCCCCCUCCACCCGUUUACAUGGAGUAUUACUUCUUCAAUGUCACCAAUCCUGAGGUGUUCUUGGCAGGCGGAAAGGCAUCUUUAAAACAGAUCGGACCGUAUACUUACAGGGAGUACAGGCCGCGGGAGAACAUCACUUUCCUGGAGAACGGGACCAAGCUCUUUGCACUGAAUCCCAAAACCUUUGUGUUUGUUCCUGAGAAGUCAGCUGGUAACCCUGAGGUCGACCUUAUCAGGACUGUCAACAUCCCGUUUGUGGCCAUCAUGAACGAGCUGAACUCCUACUCCUUCUUCCUGCGAACUGUGGUUUCCAUGUACUUGAACAGCAUGGGCGUUGAGGUGUUCAUGACCCGCACUGUCCACGAGGUUCUGUGGGGCUUCAAAGACCCUGUCCUCACAAAGGUCAAGUCCCUCAAGCCAGAAGUGGACGAGUAUUUUGGGCUGAUGUGGAAGAAAAAUGGCACCCAUGAAGGAGAGUUUGUGUUCCACACCGGCGAGCAGAACUACAUGGAUUACGGCAAGAUCGACACGUGGAACGGCCUCAGGGAGAUGUCGUGGUGGUCUUCCAAUUCGAGCAACAUGAUCAAUGGUACAGACGGCGCAGUCUUCCACCCUCUGAUCAACAGGAACGAGCUGCUCUACAUCUUUGCUGCUGAUCUCUGCAGGUCUAUCCAUCUAGCCUACGUAAAAGACGUUGAGGUGAAAGGCAUCCAGGCGUACCGCUUUGCACCCCCAAACGAUGUUCUCAUGAACCCCAAGGAAAACCCCGCCAACGCGGGCUUCUGUGUGCCAGCUGGAGACUGUCUCGGCACCGGGGUGCUUAAAGUCAGCGUUUGUCGCGAAGGUGCUCCCAUCGUGGUAUCUUUUCCCCACUUUUAUCAAGCCGACCCAAAGUACAUCAAUGCUGUUGAAGGGCUUAACCCCAACAAGGAGGAGCACGAGACGUAUCUGGACCUGCAACCGACCUCAGGGGUUCCCAUCCGUGCCUGCAAGAGAGCUCAGCUCAAUAUCAUCCUGAAAAGAGUCACAGGCUUCCCUAAAACCAAGUUGAUCCAUGAGACCAUUUUCCCCAUCAUGUUCGUCAAUGAGACUGCAACCAUCGAUGAUGAUUCUGCAUCCCAGAUGAGGACACUCCUCCUGAUUGUGACUCUGGUGUCAAACUUCCCUUUGCUCAUCGUGGGCAUGGGCAUCAUCCUGCUGCUGGUGCUGGUCGUCUUGUUCUGUCGAAACCGCCAGAAGAAGAAUGAAGUAAAACGUAUUGAUUUUACUGAAGCUUUUCAUUCUUUUGCUACGGUGAAAGACGACACGGCCUACACUCAGGUCAGCGACAAACCCGACGAGCCGUCAGAAAUGCCCGCCAAUCAGCCAAUGAAGAACGGCUCCUACAUUGCCAUGUCUCCAGUGGAGGCCCAGAAGUGUUGAUCAAGGAUCCCCUCCCCAAGUGUGGAGCCCAGGAAGGGGGCUGAGGGAGCAGCACAGGGGUGUUACAUUACCAUGGGUGGGGGGUUUGCAUAAAGAGCAGCCUCAUUUACUCUUAUUUUUGUGAGGGGUGGGGGGGUUGGGGAGGAAAAAGGAAUAGCGUGGGACACAAGCCCCGGUAAAUGUUAGACAACAAAGACAUUGCUCCUCAAACUGAGCCCUCUGACUGUCUGUCCUCCUCUUCUCUACCUGCUGAGCAUGGCUCUCGCCGCCUGCCGUACUGCAACUUAAAAAAACUCUCAUUCCUCGUUUCCGUCCUGGUCGGCCUUUAAAGAUGAUGACGGGAACCCAGGCAAGAGGCUGGGCCAGGACAAGCCUUUUUUUCCAUAACUCUUCUGUGGGAACACAGUAGCUUAGGUGACGCUGACGCACACAGACUCUGCCGACUGAUACCGCUCAGAGAGAGUUUUACUGUUCACCUGAACAACAAUUGCUGUUGUUAGCGUCGCAUCCUCGCUCUUUUCCUCUGCGUCAGAGGAGAAAACUUGCAGCUGAAAGAUUAAAAGGAAAGACCCAGUAAUCGGAAAACCUAGGACGAAACUCUUAGCUCCUGCGGUCAGAAAAUAAAAUGGUUUUGCUAAGCAUAUCCUUUUUGUAAAGAAGAAAAAACACUGAGCCGAACCAUUUCUAGCAUUUUUGCCUUUUUGUCCUAAGAUGAAUUGGUGCACCCACACACAUACACAGCGCUCUUCCAGUAUCAGUUAGUAAAAGUGUGUGUGCACCUUUUUAUCUUACGCUGUCCUGGGCAACGAAUUAUCUGGAUGCAGGCACAGUGUAGUAACACCUGGAAUACUUGUGAUUUUCAUCCCCCCCUCCUCCAGAACACUAGUUAGAAGUAGUCAGCUGAUGACUACUCAGCUGUGAAUUUAUUAGGGCUCCUGCCAGUAGCUUGAUACAAUUGCGCCUUUUUUUUAGGCCUCGUCACACAUUCAAAUCAAAAAAGGAGAAAAAACACCCACAGAACUUAAAAGGGAGACUUGAACCUGCUUUCUGCCUUAUAAUGGUUCAGUGUGUUCUUAAUGUUCAUACAGUGUUCAAAUAAGCUGGAAAUCUCAUUAUUGUAAAUAUGUAAAAGGGGAAAUGUUGAGAUACCUCUGACCAAAAUCCAGUAGGCAGUCCUUCUAGAUGUGCUGAAAGACACUAACGUCGCUCUGGUGUCGACACGCUCCUGCAAGUCUACACUGUUAUUAGAGAAAGCACAAUUUGGAUGGCUAAAACCAGUCCUCACAAGGAUACCAGGUUUUUUUUCAUCCUGUUACCAUAUAUAUUAACAGCUGAUCGGUCAAAGACACUAUCAAAGUGCCGUGACUAUUAAACAAAAAAAGUGGAAUCAUUGGGGGUUUUGAGGGAGCCUUGGGCACCACUCGCCGCUGUGCAGUCUUUCAGUUUGCCAAGGAGCUGUAGGCAUUCAGGCAAAACGCAGCACACAGCACUUGAAUCACUGUUUGUCUUAUGUUUCAUGCGUCGUUGUUUUUCUGUCUGCCACACUCGUCUUGUCACGUCAAACCCAACAGCGGUAGUUGUUAAUGGGAAGUGAAUUUAAGGCCAUAAUAAUGUCAACGUGGAAAAUUCCCUGCACUUUGCCUGGAAUUGUGCCCUGUGUAUUCUCAUUGUUGUUUUUUGUCCUAUUCAUUACAAGCCAAGUGGUCCCUAACUUCAAUACAUUUCAAUUAUUUCCUUGUGUUUUCUUUUGUUCUGUUCAUUACAAUGCCGGUGGUCCAUACGUUCAAAACAUUUCAAUUUAUUUUUACUGUUUUGUUUUUUUUGUCCUGUUCUUUACAAUGAAGGUGGGCCAAAUGUUCAAUACAUUUUGUUUCUUUGUCCUUGUAAGUAUUGGUUAGGACGGAUGUUAAAUGCACAUCCAUGCCUCUGUGUUACGUGCUUUCCACCACAUGGAGUGUCUUCUUUUGAUAUACUAUUGUAUUAGUUAUUGCUGCUAAAAAGAAAUGCCAUAACCUAUGGACUUGUUUUUGUACAUGCGUGUACAAAACGUGCUCGUAUUGUUUCAGGUUGAUCUGCAGAAGCUUUUUCUUUAAAGGCUUUCUGUGUCACCAACAUCUUUUUGACACCUGAGCACAAGAUACAAAGCCCAAAGCUUGCUGCCAUUUAUUGGGAUAAGCAGUUACAGUUAUCACUAGCAACACUUUUGUAAAUCUAUCACACUUAACAUACUCAUUCCUCUUAUUAGCAGAUGAUCAUAUCACAUGUAUUGUUAGCAUUUUAUUAUAGUAGUAGUAGUAGUAAACUUAACAAUCCGCCGGAGGCGCCUCAUAAUGGCGCUCCUCUUCAUGUAAAGAUUGGUGUCAGAAGUCUGGGUUAAAUAAUCACACUGGUGGAGAGGUCGAAAGUAUUCCUUUAAGGUUGAAUCGAUUCACUAAAGGCCUUUUGUAUUCCACAUAAAUGCAAGCAAACGCCGCCUUUUGCAAACUCACAGUGCAUCGUUAUCCACCUUUCAAAAACUUGAACCUAUGAGACCUUAAUCCCAAGUGUUGCGUGUCUGUUUAAACACACGCCUGAGCCACCACUCCGCCGCUGUCUGACUUCUACAACACCGACCUUUGAGUCCAAUCUUUCAAGCCUAUUGGCUCGUCCCUGCUUGACCAAAGAUAACACACAUCGAUCUUCCCCAACACCGUGUUUACUCUCCUCUGUGAUAACGGUUGUGCCACAAAACCACCCCCUACCUUGUUCUUUUUUUAAUUGUGCCACCACUUAUGUGAAGUAUUUGCAGCAGUGUUGUGUGAGCGUGAACGCAUGUAUGUAUGAGCCUUUUUACAACAAGGCAAGAAGGAAAAAAAAAUGAGAGAAAUUUCACAAGUUGGUUUGAUGGGUAUUGCUUUUUUUGUCCCCUGGUGCAAGAGCAAAUAAAAGUAAUCAAUGCUCUUCAUGAGCAGAUCUCAGUAUUAAGUAAGUCAAAGCAAUACAGAGUUGUGUAAAAUAAAAAAUGUAAGGGGCCACAGAAUAUUUAUGUAUAUUAUUUGAUUUGGUUUUCCCCUAAAUUUGUGAUUUUUGUUGUGUAGCAGUAUUUGUUUCUGUAGCGUUAUUUAGUUGUCGUUUUUUUCUGUAAUAUCCAACAUUUCAUUUUUGAUCAUUUACAUUUUUUCACACUGAAAUCACUAAAAAGAUGGACCAGUAUUUCACACUGGAAGCUGUACAAUGUCUGUAAGAGUGUUCAUGAAUGGUUUAAGAUUUGGGUGUUGAACCUGUAUGAGUAAAUUUGUGUUUGUGGACCUGUAAACACCAUUUCUGUCAAACUGGAGUGAUUUUUACUGGAAGGCUGAUUAUCUUGAUGACUGCGUAAAGUAAAAGCAUUGAUGCUGUGUAAACUAUCUAGAUGAAUGAAGCCCUCCUUCAGGGAUGAGUACUAGUGCCAUACCAUCCUUUCUUUGGUGUAACAAACCGCAUCUCCCCAUGUUCUGAAAUCACUAACGGACGUUUCCUCUUGAGAUAUACUCUUUUGUUUUGCUGCUGAAUAGGACAUUCCUUGUCAUGUGAGGUGCAAAAUUAAUCUAAAGUAAUAUCCAUUUUUAGUUUUGAUAAUUUACACUUCACAGAUGUUUCUACAGUGCUUUUGUAAACAUUUAUAGUGUAUUUGCAAAAAAAUAAAAGUUGCAAUCUAAUGCAAAGUUCACAUU